AUGGGGAAUUGUUUUUCGCACAAAGAAGCAUCAACAAGCAGGAAAACGCAGCCACCCGAUCGCUUUUUUGCAAUCGCUGACAAUUACAACUCAAUCGAAGAAGUGCAGAAAGCGCUGAGAGAUGUGGGUUUGGAAUCCAGUAACUUGAUCUUGGGCAUUGACUUUACCAAGUCCAAUACAUGGACAGGCGAAAAGAGUUUUGGUGGAAGGUGUCUCCACCACCUUGAUGCAGCUGCUUUGAACCCCUACCAGCGCGUUAUCUCCGUAGUUGGUCGCACACUGGAGGCCUUUGAUGACGACAAGCUCAUUCCUGCCUACGGUUUCGGUGACAACUUCACGACAGACAAGCAAUGCUUUCCCUUCUUUCCCGACAAACGCCCCUGCCAAGGCUUCGAGGAGGUUCUUUCACGGUACAAUGAGAUUACGCCAGGCAUCGUCCUGGCAGGCCCGACGAAUUUCGGCCCCGUCAUCCGCGAAGCUAUCACCAUAGUGAAGCAAGAGAAUGCUUACCACAUCCUGGUCAUCAUUGCCGACGGACAAGUCACAAAUCGCAAGGAUACAGAAAAUGCCAUCGUUGAGGCUUCAAGCUAUGCAUUGUCCAUCAUUGUUGUAGGGGUUGGUGAUGGGCCUUGGGAAAUGAUGGAAGAGUUUGAUGAUCAGCUGCCUGCACGGAAAUUUGACAACUUUCAGUUCGUUCCGUUUGAAAAAGUGAUGAGUCGAGUUCCUCCUGGGAGAAACCCUGAUGCUGUAUUCGCCAUGCACGCAUUGAUGGAGAUACCAGAGCAAUUUAAGAUUAUUCGAAAGAUGAAGCUGCUGAAUCGUUGA